GGCGGUAGCAAAUUCCUACCUCUUGAGAAAACAAAAGAGAAUCACAACGAUUCUUGGAAUUUUCUUAAUUUAUCUUUUCCAUAUUUGUGCAUAGAGCCUCGAAUCGUCCCGAGAUGUUCGCCCUCACACUCACUGCAGAGCUUUCGGGCGUCACCAACUUGCGCCCCGACGACUCCCAGGACAACCCGUUCUGGUACAUGUUCAAGGUGCAGUGCACUUCUUGCAGAGAGACUCAUGACAACUAUGUGGGAGUAAACCGCUUUGAACUCAACGAAAUGAGUGGCAGCCGAGGUGAAGCAAACUUUGUUUGGAGAUGCAAAAACUGCAAGCGAGAAUCCUCUGCGUCGAUCAAGGCCGCCCCCACAGCCUACGAACAAGGAGAGCCACCAAAGGCGCAGAAACUGUUUGAGUUUGACUGCAGAGGCUUGGAAUUUGUAGAGUUUAAGCCAGAGGGUGAUUGGCUGGCCGAUGGGAUUGACUCCGGCACCAAAUUUACCGGAAUUGACUUGACAGAGGGAGAAUGGUUUGACUAUGACGAGAAGGCGGGCGAGGAGGUCAGCAUAAAGGAGCUGACAUGGGAGAUUAAGAGGGCGUAAUAUGUAAAAUCAAUUGAAGGAAAUAUAAAAGCUUUAUCGAUUGCAAUAUCAACUUGAAGCUGUCUAUGGCACAUAGCUAGAGCCAUUAAAGACACCCCACCAAAGUCAUCCAG